AUGUCGUACCGUGGUCCAAAUCAGUUUCAAAAUCAAUUCAAUACUCCACAACAGAACCCACAUCAACCACCCCAAAACUUUGGUAUUCCCCCAAGACAACCACAUACUAUUGGUCCCAUAACCAAUUCUAAAUCGCUUGUGGAAAAAUUUGAACACUAUAGCAAGAAAAUCGAAGAUUUGAUUGAUGAUAAAUUUAAACCAUUGAAGCCAUAUGUACCAGCAAUUGGAAGGGCAUUUUUAGUGGCUACUUUUUAUGAGGAUACCAUGAGAAUCUUUUCCCAAUGGAAUGAACAAGUUUAUUAUUUGCACAACUAUAGACACUAUUGGAGAUGGUUUACAGUGGUAUUUUUGGUGCAAAAUAUGAUUGUUAUGACCAUUGCUUCAACAUUGUUGAUUGCUAGAAAAAAAAUCAAUAUUGCCACUAUUGCUUUAAUCUGUGUCGUAAUUGCUCAAGGUAUCGUAUAUGGUUUGUUGUUUGAUUCUCAAUUUAUCUUGAGAAACUUAUCUGUUGUUGGUGGAUUAGUUUUGGCUUUUUCCGAUACAAUUGUUAGAGAUAAACGUUCAUUGAACAUGCCAGGUUUACCGAUGUUGAAUAAUCACGACAACAAGAAAUACUUUUUAUUAGCAGGAAGACUUUUGUUGGUUCUUUUGUUUUUGGGAUUUGUAUUUUCAUCGGAAUGGGCAUUAGGUAGAGUAUUGAUUAUUAUUGUUGGUAUUGCUUCUUGUGCAUCCAUUAUUGUUGGAUACAAGACGAAAUUUGCUGCUGCUGUCAUGUUAUCCUUGUUGUUUGUUUACAAUGUAGUAACAAACCAAUUUUGGCACUAUGGAAGUCGUGAUGCUAGAAGAGAUUUCUUGAGAUAUGAAUUCUUCCAAGUCUUGUCCAUUGUUGGUGGAUUAUUGUUGGUUGUUAAUGCUGGUGCUGGUGAGUUUUCCAUUGACGAAAAGAAAAAGAUCUACUAA